AUGUGCGUGGACCAGGCGCUGCGCCGUCAAGGUGUGGAUACGGCGUCGACAAAAUUCCUCCACGACAACGCUCGGCCGCAUGUCGCAAAAAUCACCCAGCAGAAAAUUGAAGAAAUGGGCUGGGAAGUCCUGCCUCAUCCGCCAUACAGCCCAGACUUGGCGCCUUCCGACUACCAUCUGUUCGGAUCAAUGCACCACUCCUUGGCCGAGAAAAAGUUCAAGAACCGCGACGAGCGACAAGUCAUUGAUGCAGAUGGCGAAUACCUUUUGGAU